AGACACUGACGUAACCAAUGUCAUAACAGUAAGACAAGUUAGGCGAUAGUGAAUCAUCGAACUCAGCAGAGGACGGACGCAGCUUCAGAAUUGUAAUCCAAAAUGGUUUUAAGUAGACUGCUGUUCAGUUUGCUGAAUAAUCAGCAACUGAUUGAGAAGCUGGCAGAGUCCCGACCGAUCAGACGAGCGGCACAGAUUACAGCUUUCGCCAUCACAAAAGCACAGAUCACCGGCAAGGACGCCGCAGCAAAGAUGCUAAAGUCAGAAACUCUCCAGCAGAUCCGCCAAGAGACGGCAGGGAGGAUGCCGCGGGACCCCGGGGAGCUGGGAAGAAGAGCCAGGAGCGUGCGGGAGACCUUUGUCAACGAGGUUAAGGAGGGAUUGAGAGACGCUUCACGUAAAAUCAAGGACAAGUAAACAUGAUCAACACAGUUCAUUGAACCUAUGGAUUUAUUCAAGAGUAAUUCAGAAUGAUUGCAACUGUUUGUUGACGUGAGCGUUGUGCCAAGUAAAUUAUUUGGCCCAUUGCCUUUUUCUUAGUAUCUGAGGUUCUAUCGCAUAGAAGGAAGCGGUAUAGCAGCUCGUCAGCAUUGGUCACUAUGUAUGCGAAUGUAUACUUUUGAAACGCGUGUAAAUAAAGAACAAUUUAC